AUGCCACCCAGCGACGCCUCCUCUCUCAUCCCUUCCUUCCGCACCUUCAGCUCCUUCCGCGUCCACGGUGGGCGCCCGGUCGCCAUCGGCCGCAACCACGACUCCUGGUUCCUCGUCUUCCCCAAGCCGGACGGCAUGCGCCUCCGCCGCGCCGCACGGAUCAUUAACUACACGCCCCCCUCGGACCACAACGCGGUCGGGGCGACGACGGACCGCGGCUUCCCCGCGUUCGUCAUCGGCGGCGCGACGGGCGCGGCGGUGCUCGACGCGCUCCUCGCGCUCCGCUCCGACGGCGGCCUCCCCUUCCUCGUCCUCAACGCGCUCAAGACCACCCGGCUCCGGCCGGAGGACCACGUCGGGGUCGAGGUCGGGCUCCGGCCGGAGGAGAUCGCGCACGCAUGCGCGCGGUGCGGCAAGUGGGAGCUCGAGGGGCGGCACCGCUGGUUCUCGUGCACCGCGUGCCACAAGCGGUACUACUGUGGCUCCGAGUGCCAGCGCGUGGACUGGGAGGAGCACGCGGCGGAGUGCGAGUUCCUCCAGAAGGGGGACCACUUCGCCGUCCAGCGCUUCCGCAAGACGCACGACAACGGCUGGUGGUUCGACCACGGCGCGCUCGGGGACGCCACGAUGCUCAUCGGCGACGGCUCGGAUGAGCUCGACCGCGCGAUGGAAGCCGGCGACCAGGACUUCUUGACCUACGGCAGGUGCGACCCGCUCCGGAACCGCAGGCCCGUCGACCGCUCUCAGCUCCCUGCGGGGGUCGCCGAGGUCCCGCCGCUGCCCAAGGUCCCGGGGUUCGUCGCGACGGGCGAUCCGGCGCUGGACGAGGUCGCGCUUGGCCAUUACGCCGACGCGUACUGCACCUCCAGCACCCGGCAGAUGGUGAUGGACGUCAUCGACGCUCGCCAGCGCGCCCUCGCGAGCAGGCAGAAGAUGAUCGAGGACGAGGCGCGCGAGGUCCAGCAGCAGCACUAG